AAUCGGCUUCUAGGGGACUGCUAGGAGACGUCGGAAUUCAUCGUCAGUGGUUGAGAGGUUAUCUAUUUUAUUUAUAGUUUAUGCCAUCGCCACUUGAAAAUAGAAAGCAUCGAAAUUAAGUAAGCACAAAUUGAGAACCACUGAUCUCCGCUUUCCAUAGCUUUGCCAUAGUAAAGUCAAGAUUGCACGUGGAUUGUCAACAUAUUCAAAGGGAUUUGAUACACCUCAACAAAUUGUUCAUAUUGUAAAUAUACUCUAUUUACCUUGGUACAGAUAAGACACUAUACAGCCAACAUGGUACUAUCGUGUCGAUUUUAUAAAAGGAAAUAUCCUGAAAUAGAAGACGUCGUGAUGGUGAAUGUUCGCAGUAUAGCUGAAAUGGGUGCAUACGUUCAUCUAUUAGAAUAUAAUAAUAUCGAGGGCAUGAUCCUAUUGUCUGAGCUCUCUAGGAGAAGAAUUCGAUCUAUUAAUAAGCUUAUUAGAGUAGGAAAGACUGAACCGGUCGUAGUCAUUCGUGUGGACAAGGAAAAAGGUUACAUUGAUUUAAGUAAAAGAAGAGUGUCGGCUGAGGAUGUUGAAAAAUGUACAGAAAGGUAUGCUAAGGCGAAAGCUGUAAAUUCAAUUCUCAGACACGUUGCAGAAUUAUUACAUUAUGACAGUGAUGAACAGUUAGAGGAACUGUAUCAGAAGACAGCUUGGCAUUUUGAAGAAAAAUAUAAGAAGCAAAAAGCAUCAGCAUAUGACUUUUUUAAACAAUCAGUAUUGGAUCCUUCUAUCUUGGCUGAAUGUGGUCUCGAUGAACAUACGAAGGAAGUAUUGUUAAACAACAUAAAAAGGAAACUUACAUCUCAGGCUGUAAAAAUCAGAGCUGAUGUUGAAGUUGCCUGCUAUGGUUAUGAAGGAAUUGAUGCAGUAAAAACGGCUUUGAAAGCUGGUUUAGCCCUUUCAACGUACGAAAUUCCAAUAAAGAUCAACUUGAUUGCCCCUCCUUUAUACGUAAUGACAACGUCAACUGCAGAGAAGCAAGAUGGUUUGAAAGCAUUGAAUGAUGCAAUAGAAGUAAUACAAGAAAAGAUUACGUCAUUGGGAGGUGUAUUUAAUAUGCAAAUGGCUCCUAAAGUUGUGACUGCUACUGACGAAGCAGAACUGGCAAGGCAAAUGGAACGUGCAGAACUGGAAAAUGCAGAAGUCGCUGGUGAUGACGAUGAAGAAGAAGUCGAGGGAAUGGGUGACUUCAGUGGAGGAGAAGGUGAAAAUGAGACCAAAGAUGAAAAUGGGUCUCAUGAAGAAAACUGAACCUGUAAUGUAUACUCUGAUCGGAAGUCCUAUCAUCGAUGGUUUACGGCAUUACUGUUUAACGAAUAAAUUUGCUUAUCGUUGCACCUUAGAAUUUUACAAAUAAAAAUCAGUAAACUGCUACUGAAAUUUCUACUGUAAGGUACUCCGUAAUUAAUCUAAUAUGAGAUGUUUAAUAAAAUUUUUAAAUAUGCA